AUGAAUCACCGCGGUGUCGGAUGUGAGGUGGACAAGGACGACUUCAUGUCGAUCGAGGACGAACAGUGGAUCACCGAUGGCGUGGUGGACUUUCACAACGUGCUGCUUAGCAUCAGGAAGCCGUCGCUCCGCGACGGCAAGACAUGGGCCGCCAUGGACUGCAAGGCCUAUUCACAGACGACAGCUGCGCAUGGAGUGCCGUUAACGCUGGGGAGUGGGCGGCCGCUUUUGGAACACGAUUAUCUUGCGAUCCCGGUCCUAGAGUCGCGGGAGAUGCGCCGAGACUUGUGUGCACACGCUGGCGGAGAGCUUCUGAAACAACUACAGGAACUGGGGAUUGAAGUCCCGCCGCAAGACGAAGGCCUGGUUACCGCAGAGGGGACAGUGGUGCAGGUGAGAAACACUGCGGAGGGAGAUGGGAGGCAAGCGCCAAACACUCGCCAUGAUGAGGACGCUCGGUUUACGGAGAUGACGAGGCGCAUAGCAUCGCUGCAUAACGAUGUGAGGUACCUGGACGCCAGCUUCACCGUGAUCGCCAACUUCGUGGGCCUGAGCCGGGACGAGGUGGUGUCCGCUGCAACCCAACUGCUGCUGCAUGGAGGGGUCGCGGGGAACGGCACGAAAACAGAGGCGGGUGGCAACAAGCAUGCGCCACGCACACCCCAGCGUCCGUCUGCCCGGAAGAGGCGAGAUGACAGCAGUCCUGAGGAGGACGGCGUGCGCAACCUCACCCAGGUGGCGCUGGCCUCCACGUUCGCCGCAUGUGCGCCGACACCGAGCCUGCUGCAGAACCCGCUGAUCUCGAACGGGGCCAUACCUCCCUGGAUGUUGACGCGCCCGCGGCUGCUGUCCGGCACGGGUGUGCCAGCUGGACCUGACGUGUGGGGAGACAGGCUUGGGCAGGAGACGGCGAAGGCCGACGAAGAGGAGGAUCUCGUGUCAGACUCAGAUGACGAGGACGGUGGCGAAGAUACAAGUGCAACCAGGUACACGGGUGUGAAGCUGGAUCCGAACACCGGCAAGUACUGCGUCAAGAUUUUGUUUAAAGAACGUGGGAAGCGCAAGCAGCAGAGACUGGGAGGGUACACCACUGAGGAGGAGGCGGCAUUUGCAUACGCCGCCGGUGCGUUCGUGCUGAGGCCUAGCGAGAGGAUACCCAACACCGUCAGCCUGUCGGCCGCAGAGAAGGCAACGCUGCGGGGGUGCACCAAAGAAGAUUUACAGACCCUGGUGGAAGCGAGGAAGUGGUGGAGGUGGAGGAGUUGGCGUGAGGCGCUGGAGAGCGUGGGCCAGCGGUUGAAACGAGUGAGGAAGCGUGGGGGUGCAACAGGUGCAUCAAAGAGGCGCAGGGUUGUGGACCACGACCACACAGCUACCAACGACCCAGCGGCAACCGACAAUGCUGAGAGUGGGGGGACGGCCCCAGUGACAAACGAGCAAGGCGGAGGUGCAAGGGACAAUGACCAGGAAGAGCGGAGGGAAGACACUGGAGCUGAGGAGAAGACAUCAGAGAUGGCUGCAUAA